AUGCCUAGGUGCUGCAAUAAAUGUGAAGAUGCCAUUGGGGUGGAGGACAAGAACGUGACCUGCGACUGCUGCAGAGUAGCCUUUCAUCUGGCCGAAGGAUGUUCUGGACUAUCUAGCUCUGAACAAAGAAAAGUUGUGCUCCAGAAAAGGCUCUUAAUGUACUUGUGUGCUAAGUGCCGAAACGCUUUUAAAUCGGCACCUAUGGUAAUAGAAAAAAUUGAGAAGCUGCAAGAUGAAGUGAUCAAGCUGAAAAAAGAGAUAGAGGUGCUCAAAACGUCUCCAUCUUCAAAUACAGAGCAAAUUAUAUCUGAGGCCCAUGAGCGUCAUAUUCGAUCCAGAAAUCUCAUGGUGUUUGAUGUUCCCGAGCUAGCUAAUUCUGGACUACAGGAGAAGAUAAGGCACGAUACCUCCAUUGUCCACAAUAUUUUCCAGAGGCUAGGAUAUGAAAAUGAGGUUGAGGCGAUAGAAAAGAUGUCUUCCUGCGCAAUUCCAGCUGCUCCAGCUCCACCAGCUCUCAAAGAUUUGCCCAAAGUUGCUGGUGACCUCAAGAGCGAACUGGAAGGUUUCAGCUCGACCAAACUGAAGAAUGCAGAAACUCAGGAAAAAAUUGUUUUACCGUCCGCUGAAGAUGUAGCCCAAGAAAAGACUCACAACGCCCUCAUAGCAGGAGUAGAAAACUUUAACAGUUCCUUACUGAAACGCACAGACACCAAAGAGAAGAUUGUGCUACCAAAUGCACAAGAUGUAGCGGCGGAAAAGUCUGAAAAAGCUCUCAUCGAAGGCAUCGCAAAAUUCGACGCCACCAAACUGAAGCACACCGAAACUCAAGAGAAGAAUCCGUUACCAGACAAAGAUGUUGUGCUACAAGAGAGAACGCACCAAAAUCUGCUGAACGGCGUUGAGCAUUUCGACAAAUCGACGAUGAAGCAUGCCGAAACGUCAGAAAAGGGAGUUCUGCCCAACACUGAAGUAAUUGAACAAGAAAAAGCCCAAACUAAUCUGCUCUCCGGCAUCGAAAAUUUCGAUAGCAGCAAGCUGAAGCACGCAGAAACGCAGGAAAAGAACCCACUUCCUACUAAGGAAAUCAUCGAUCAGGAAAAGAGCGCCUGAACUGACCGAUCCCUUCGCUUUCCACCCACGACCCGGCUCAAUUUUUUUAAGCCACAUUUUGUAAUUUUUUUACUUUUAUAUGAUAUUUAAUAACGAUUACUAUUUAUUACAAAUAAGAUUAUAUACCCAAUGCUAUGAUAAAAUAUUAUUAUGUGGUUUCAGCAUAAGCGAGCCUUUUUAAAUACUCUUUUUACUUUGUGUUGCAAAUGCAUUUCAAAGAAGAAGAGAAUUUAAAAAGGAAAAAAAUUAAAAGGAAUUUAGUUUUGUGACCAAAUAAAAUUGAAAAAAAAAAGGGCUGCCAGUUUUGAGAAAGGGCUUUAAUCGUACUACUUAUUCAUGCCAAAUUCAUUAUUAUUAUAUUGACAUAAAAUUAUGCUGUGAAAGAGUCUGUCCUUCCAUGAGCAAGGCUUUUAAUAUGAUUUUUUUUAGGGAACUAAUACCUAUUUGUACUUAUGUUAUUAUUAUUUUUCAACAAUUUGAUAGUUUUUAGAAAUUAUCAUUUUGAGUAAAAUUCACGGUGCUUUUAAUAAAUUUGUUAAAAAGUCAAAAAAGAAA